GUAUCGCAAAAAUCGUGCCACUUCAAUGUGGCUCGCAGUUUAAAUUUUGAUUUGCUCAUAUUUUCUUUGUAAUUCUAAAUUUAUCCACCGAAAAAUGAGUGAAUAUAUAACGAUACAGGUGGGACAAUGUGGAAACCAAAUCGGUUCCGAAUUUUGGCCAUUAGUUCUUCAAGAAUACGGCAUAACACGCGAAAAAUCUAAAUCAAAACCUCCUGAACAAUCAACAACCUUCAAUAGUUUCUUUCAAAUUCAUCCCGAUUAUAAAGGAGAGAGUUUUAAUACCAUUCAAGAUCUUGUUGAUAGUGAGGUUAAGGCACGAACUAUUUUGGUGGAUAUGGAAACAAGCGUUGUUUCAAGAUAUAAAAAUAGUUAUUUACGUGAUAUAUUUGAUGAAGAAUACAUUAUAGUUCAUUAUCCAGGUUCUGGGAAUAAUUGGGCAGAAGGUUUUUGUCAUUAUGGACCGAGAUUUGAAGAAAAAAUAUUAUAUAGCAUACGAAAAGCUGUAGAAAACUGCGACAGCCUCCACGGAUUUUUAUUAAUGUAUUCUUUAGGUGGCGGGACUGGAUCGGGAGUUGGAAGUUACAUCUUAAAAUUAUUGGAUGAUCAUUUUCCCCAUAUUGAUCGAUUUGUAACUUGUGUUUACCCAAUUGGUACUGAGGACGUUAUAACUUGUCCUUAUAAUAUGGCUUUAGCCACGAAAGAAUUAAUCGAACAUGCAAGUUGUGUUAUUCCAGUCGAAAAUCGAGCCUUAAUUGAUAUCGUGAAAAAACAAGCAUCAAAUACUCAUUCAAUUGAUACAAUGAGUUUUGUUGCCGGCUGUAAACCAUUUCAAGAUAUGAACAGUAUUAUUGUCAAUAUGCUAUUAAAUUUAACAAGUGGAUCAAGAUUUACUGGUGAUUUAAAUGUUGAUUUAAGUGAAUUAGUUACUAAUAUGGUUCCAUUUCCAAAUUUACCAUUUUUAUCAUGUGGAUUAAGUCCUUUAACAAUCACUUCAUCGAAUAAUAAAAUCAAUUUAGAGGAAAUAUUUCUUCAAUCAUCUAACCUAAAUAAUCAAUUAAUAAAAAUAAACGCAUCAAAUAACCAGCUCCCAUUAACAUUAGGUACAACUUUAUUAGCUCGAGGGGAUUUAUUUACAAUUUCCGAUAUGCGUUCAUUCGUUGAUCGGUUGCAAAGGAAAAAUUGUUUUACUUCAUGGUCGAAACAAGCUAUUAAAAUUGGUAUGUGUGGAGUGGCUCCGAUUGGACAUCGGGCGAGUAUGAUGACUCUUUUUAAUACUACCGCGAUAAAUGGACUUUUGGGUAAAGUGAAAUCAGAUUUUACGAAAUUAUAUCAAAAACGGGCGCAUGUUCAUCAUUAUUUGCAAGUGGCCGGCUUUGAAGAAAUCUUUUUUGAGGAGUGUUUAGAUGUUCUUUGCGAAUGUAUUAAAUCAUAUCAGGAUAUUGAGAAUAGAAGUAUGGAGAAUAUUAAAGUUCCUAGAUUAAUACCAGAAAAUUAAUUAUUUUUGAUUAAAAUUUUAAAUAAAACUGUUUUUGAGGUUA